AUGGAGGAUGAUGAUAAUGAUGCUACUCUAAAAUCAGAGUCAUCUCCUAGUCAAUCUCAGUUGCCUCCCAGCCAAGCGAGUCCUGCUCAGAAGAUGCGUUGGGCAGAUUAUCCCAAUAGUCAAGACCCCUAUGAUUUGAAUUCAGACGAAGUCAAAAAGUUACCGACAGUCAUCAUUCAGAUUCCCUGA